AUGCUCUUCCCGGCGCCUCUGCGGAGCUGCAGAGGGAAGCAGACCCCGACAGGGCAGAGCUCCCCCAGAGGCAGACCCCGACAGGGCAGAGCUCCCCCAGAAGCAGACCCCGACAGGGCAGAGCUCCCCCAGAAGCAGACCCCGACAGGGCAGAGCUCCCCCAGAAGCAGACCCCGACAGGGCAGAGCUCCCCCAGAAGCAGACCCCGACAGGGCAGAGCUCCCCCAGAAGCAGACCCCGACAGGGCAGAGCUCCCCCAGAAGCAGACCCCGACAGGGCAGAGCUCCCCCAGAAGCAGACCCCGACAGGGCAGAGCUCCCCCAGAAGCAGACCCCGACAGGGCAGAGCUCCCCCAGAAGCAGACCCCGACAGGGCAGAGCUCCCCCAGAAGCAGACCCCGACAGGGCAGAGCUCCCCCAGAAGCAGACCCCGACAGGGCAGAGCUCCCCCAGAAGCAGACCCCGACAGGGCAGAGCUCCCCCAGAAGCAGACCCCGACAGGGCAGAGCUCCCCCAGAAGCAGACCCCGACAGGGCAGAGCUCCCCCAGAAGCAGACCCCGACAGGGCAGAGCUCCCCCAGAAGCAGACCCCGACAGGGCAGAGCUCCCCCAGAGGCAGACCCCGACAGGGCAGAGCUCCCCCAGAAGCAGACCCCGACAGGGCAGAGCUCCCCCAGAAGCAGACCCCGACAGGGCAGAGCUCCCCCAGAAGCAGACCCCGACAGGGCAGAGCUCCCCCAGAAGCAGACCCCGACAGGGCAGAGCUCCCCCAGAAGCAGACCCCGACAGGGCAGAGCUCCCCCAGAAGCAGACCCCGACAGGGCAGAGCUCCCCCAGAAGCAGACCCCGACAGGGCAGAGCUCCCCCAGAAGCAGACCCCGACAGGGCAGAGCUCCCCCAGAAGCAGACCCCGACAGGGCAGAGCUCCCCCAGAAGCAGACCCCGACAGGGCAGAGCUCCCCCAGAAGCAGACCCCGACAGGGCAGAGCUCCCCCAGAAGCAGACCCCGACAGGGCAGAGCUCCCCCAGAAGCAGACCCCGACAGGGCAGAGCUCCCCCAGAAGCAGACCCCGACAGGGCAGAGCUCCCCCAGAAGCAGACCCCGACAGGGCAGAGCUCCCCCAGAAGCAGACCCCGACAGGGCAGAGCUCCCCCAGAAGCAGACCCCGACAGGGCAGAGCUCCCCCAGAAGCAGACCCCGACAGGGCAGAGCUCCCCCAGAAGCAGACCCCGACAGGGCAGAGCUCCCCCAGAAGCAGACCCCGACAGGGCAGAGCUCCCCCAGAAGCAGACCCCGACAGGGCAGAGCUCCCCCAGAAGCAGACCCCGACAGGGCAGAGCUCCCCCAGAAGCAGACCCCGACAGGGCAGAGCUCCCCCAGAAGCAGACCCCGACAGGGCAGAGCUCCCCCAGAAGCAGACCCCGACAGGGCAGAGCUCCCCCAGAAGCAGACCCCGACAGGGCAGAGCUCCCCCAGAAGCAGACCCCGACAGGGCAGAGCUCCCCCAGAAGCAGACCCCGACAGGGCAGAGCUCCCCUGGUCCGCAUCAGCCGGGCUGGGACGGGGCAGCGCGCAGGCAGCCGCACCCGGGCUGGCCUGAAAGGAACGUGGUUACUGCGGCGAAAUGAAACGUGGUUGCUUAGCACAAUGAUGCUUCGGGAGGCAGACACUGCACCAGCUCACCCUGCUCUGAAUGAAUAG